AUGGGAAUCACUUGGUCGCAGUUUUUCCCACCUGCACCCUCCUUGACUGAAGCUAACCUGCCCAGCCAAAGAGGCAAGGUUUUCAUCGUCACUGGGGGUUACUCUGGCGUGGGGUUAGAGCUGUGCAAAAUACUUUAUCAGGCUGGAGGCAAGGUGUACCUCGCAGGCCGCUCAGAGGAGCAUGCCUCAAAUGUCAUAGCACAGAUCCAAUCUUCAAUCCAGUCAGAUGGAACCAUUAUCUUUCUUCCCCUCCACCUCGAUGAUCUAGCAAGUAUCAAAUCAGCAGUGGAGACCUACAAUGCAGCGGAAUCCAGGUUAGAUGUUCUUUUCAACAAUGCCGGCGUUUCAAACCCGCCAGCUGGCUCCGUCUCAGCACAGGGCCAUGAUCUCCAACUCGCAACGAACUGCCUUGGGCCACAUCUUCUCACACAAUUACUUCUACCGACUCUUCGCCGUACCUCCGAGAGCGAACCACCUGCUUCUGUACGCGUAGUAUGGACGGGGUCAAUAGUUGUCGACAUGUCUGCCCGUAAAGGAGGUGCUAUUCUGGAGGAGAUUCUGCAGAAAGACACAAAUCCCCAGCGCAAUUAUGAAAACACCAAAAUCGGCAACUGGUACCUCGCCCAUGCAUUGGAUGCUCAAGAAAGGCCCAGUGGAAUCUUGAGUGUGGUCGUGAACCCAGGAAACCUCAAGUCGGGCUUGACUCGUCAUAUGUCCCCGCUGGUGCCCUUGCUAGUAGCACCCCUACUGUAUCCAGCUAGGAUGGGUGCUUACACUGAACUCUGGGCUGGGCUCUCUAGUGAGCUUACGUUAUCUGAUGGGGGUAGGUAUAUCUUGCCCUGGGGGCGUUUCCACCCCAAUCCAAGGCAGGAUCUGUUACAAGGGAUGAAGGGAAAAGAUGUCGGUGGUACAGGUGAUGCGGCCACUUUCGUACAGUACUGUGAUAAUCAAAUCUUGGAAUUUAAGUAG